AUGGACGCAAGGGACUACUCACUAGACCCAUUUGAUUUCGGUGUUAAAUACAUAAAAGACCAUCCAGAAGUGACUGGCAAGGAAGCAAGAGCAGAAUACGAAAAAUAUAAAGACUUCUAUGCUACAUACCAUCAGGACCACCCAGGAGCGACUACCGACUGCUAUGUCGAAUACCUUCAAACAUUCGGUAAGCAAGAGAGAGGCAGUUGGGCGUUAUUAGUUGGGGCAGAGCUACGUCGUAGAGACAUUACGAGGUUCGUGGCAGUAAUGGAGGUGGCAGUACCGCAGAGAAUAGUUCGAAUGCAUUACGACAUGCAUUGGAGUUGGGACAUAGAGCAGAGUCGUAACAAAGGUUGGGAGCAAUGGGGGAAGAAUAGUUCGAAUGCUGUUGUCGCAUGCAUUCUAUGUUUGGUCUUCUGCUUGUCCACAUGUCAGCAAACUGUCCGUGAGCUAACCAAAUACCUUUUUUUGCACUUUCUGCUCAUCUUUAAUGACUAUCUAGCAUUUUUCCGAGAAAAAACAUUUGUGACUGCCAACGCGGCAUCACCGGAUAUUAACUUUUACAUUCAUCCUACGGAUAUCGUUGAACGCAUGGCAAAAUCACUCCUCGAACGCAAGUUUGUCCUUUUAUUUGGCCACCGGCAAAGUGGCAAGACAACGAUUGCACACUCCACAGUGUCAUAUCUGCAAAAUAUUUCGCAAAAUAUCCAAGUUCCUGGUUAUGAACAAACUGGUUUUGAAGUAUAUUACAUAUCUUUCCAAAGAGGUAUUGAAUUCGGGAGCACACCACGAUUCUGGUGGUCGCUAUGUGCGACAUUGAUGGCCAAGGACAACUCACGGUUCAAGUUCGAGGAUGCCAGUCAUAGUGCAUCAUCAGCCACAUUCUUGUCAUUCUUUUCAAAGCGCCCGAAGAGUCGACAAAAGCCUGUGAUGCUCAUUAUCGAUGAAGCUUCUAUGCUGUAUGAGAUCAAAGACACCCCCGGUGGAAUUGUUGAUCAGUUCAUUGGCACAUUACGGGCCAUCAAAGAUGACAUUACGGGUUGCUGUCUGCACUCAAUUGCUCUUGUGGGUACUGAGUCAGUAAGAGAUGUUCUGAUCAGCCGACAAGUAAAAGGUCGAUCAAUUUAUUCACCGUAUUCUGAGGAGGAAUCUUACCAGUCGUCUCGUUUUUCUCAAAAUGAAGUCCAGGAUCUUCUGAACCAAUUUGUAUCUGUCAAAAAAAUCGAACUCGACGUUAAUGAAAUUGCUAAUGACAUCUAUGAACUCACUUUUGGACACAAAGGACUUGUCGGCAUUUGUGGAAACUUUAUUGAGAACACACUAUUGAAGUGCAGCCGUACAGUGUCAUUUCAGGACUGGAAUAAAAAUGCAACUAAACUGAGAACAUUCGUAUGGGGGAAACCAACUUAUGAUUCAAUCAUGCGAGCUCUCACAGUCCUCACAUCAGCCCAGAGAAACACUCUCGGUAAUGUUCUUCGAUAUGGUUAUGAUGUUGUUCGGAUGAAUGACGAGAUAAUGUUUCUUCUUGCGGAGGGGAUGUGUGUUCGUAUUGGCGAAAGCUUUGAUGCAAUCAUAAUCCAAUGUGGUGCACCUAUUCUCAGCAGCAUGAUGCUUUCCAGAAUAUGUGGGCCUGCUUUCGCAAUCCCAGAGCCACCACAAGAAACUAACAAGCUUGACAUUGACUGGUUAUUGAGACAUACCAUCGAGAAUCUUUCUGUGCAACACAUUUUUGCCAAACAAACAAGAAAUGUAACCAGUGCAUCAUCAGAAUAUCCAUUCCAGGCCGAAUUUGUCACCGUGAUCAAGAAUCUGCUUGGUUCAGCUUACCCAGACCUGCUCUACCGUGUUCUACCGGAAGUGAAAGAACGUUAUGAUAAUGGCAACCGGCGACGCCGCCUAGACAUUCUUAUGUGUGAUACCAAUCUGCCUAGAUAUGGGUUUGAACUUGUGGUAGCUGCUGACCAGGCCAACUUCGAUAAGCAUAUGGAUAAUGCUGAUGAGUAUGGUGAACUUCAUAAUUGCAAGAUGUAUUUGAUCAAUUUGUGCACCAGAGAAGAUCUUACCAACUACUUCGGAAAAACAUGGAUUCAGGAACGUGUAACGCCUGUCCAUGUGUUGUAUGAACUCGAAGGGAAGGCAUCUUUGAUUUACAAACACCAGACGAUUUCCGUAUUAAUCACCAGCGCGACAUGGUCAGUAAUAUUCGAUGACACACCAGUUAAUUCUCUUGAAUGGUAG